AGAAUUCAUCACGGCUAGUGUUUGCAUAGCUGAUUUAACAAUGCAGCAGCGCUGCGUUAUUUUUUUUCUUCACCCGUAUUUCUAAAGAUUCCACCUCCUUUUAUUUGAAUGGGUGCUAUGUCGUAGAGGGAGCAGUGUUAACCAACCAAAUCUCAGAGGUUGAAUGAGAUGAACCAAUCAUCGUGUAGGAAGGGCGGGACCUGUCGGAAUACGGUUGGGGAAAACACAACGCAGGGCUGAUUUUGGCGUUUACCAUACCGUGUAGCUUUUCAAGGCAAAACUAACGGGGUAAAAACAAGCGGAUGCGGAUGCACGGAUUUCUGCCAUGCAAAAUAUCCAGGUCGAUUCAUCAGAUUAAGAACACCGUUUUCACGGAAUUGCCCUGGUGUAGUUUAAUGUCCGCGUGCACGAGCUCCAGACCGGAUUGGACGCUGCAUUAAAGGAACGCUGGAUGGUUCACAGACCAUGAGUGGCUGGAAAACAUAUUACAGCCAUCGUGGCAAGAUUCUGCCGAGUUGAAGAACGGCUCUGCCAAACAGAAUGAUGAAGAUACCGUAGUACUAAACAUGUGCUCAUCUUUGAUUUCGACAAGAGGCUCGCAGUUCUUGCCACGGUCCAAGGUCUCAUGUACAUCUCUGGAUAGAUUUGGAGUGUGGUUGCAUAGCAUAGAAAAAUACAGCAUUAUGUUUGAACUGCAUGCUCUUGAAGAUGAAGUUUGCUUUUAUUUAAAGUCUAAGUGAAGAUGAGAUUUCUGUCUUUACUUUUCAUUUUUUGUCUAUCUACACAUGCUUACACAACAUAGAUUGCAUUAUGGCUGCUGACUCUCCCCAGCACCUUUAUUUAACUGCUUGGUGUGGUGGAGAGUGACGUUUGGACGAUGCAGCGAAACGGAGGUGUCACGGGGAAUGGCAGCCAGCCAUGGAUGUUCCGGAGGGUUCGACUGACAUGGCUCAGUUUUAUGCUCUUUUUCAUAUUGGUUUUCUUCCCACUCAUUGCACAUUACUACCUCACCACAAUUGAUGAGGCAGGUGGUCCAGACAAACGCAUUUUUGGCCCACGACCUGGUGGUGAACUAUGUGAGGCAAAACAUGUGCAAGACCUGUGUCGUAUACGCGAAUCAGUGAGCGAAGAGCUGCUUCAGCUGGAAGCCAAGCGGCAAGAGCUCAACGGUGAAAUAGCCCGUCUCAAUUUGCGAAUUGAUGCCUGUAAGCGUAGCAUCGACAGUGCCAAACAGGACUUGUUACAACUCAAAAAUGUUAUCAGCCAGACAGAACACUCUUAUAAGGAACUCAUGGCUCAGAAUCAGCCAAAACUAUCAUUGCCAGUUAGACUAUUACCGGACAAGGAUGAUCCAGGUCUCCCGCCUCCACGGUCCGUACAGGCCUGUCGCUUGCAUAAUUGUUUUGAUUACGCCAGAUGUCCACUUACAUCGGGGUUCCCAGUAUAUGUUUAUGACACAGGGUCAUAUCCUUGGGGAGACAAUAUUGACCCAUUGAUCAAGCAAGCUUUUGUAUCUUCUGUUAAAAGCAGUGUUUAUGUGACAGAUAAUCCAAAUAUUGCUUGUCUUUAUGUGGUGCUUGUUGGAGAAAUACAAGAUCAUUCACCUUCUCCAGCUGGCUUGGAAAAGCAGUUAAAAGCAUUGCCUUAUUGGAGGUCAGAUGGUCAUAAUCACCUGUUGGUUCAACUGUCCAGGAAGUCGUUAACUCAGAACUUCUUGUACAAUGUAAGUACAGGCCGAGCAGCUAUAGCACAGUCUACCUUCCUUCAGCGACAAUAUAGAGAGGGUUUUGACCUGGUAGUGUCUCCACUGGUCCAUGCUCUCUCCGAGCCCAACUUUCUGGAGCUGCCACCACAGGUUCCAGUGAAAAGGAAGUAUCUGUUUACCUUUCAAGGAGAGAAGGUGGAAUCUCUGAGGAGUAGCCUGCUGGAAGCACCACCACAGUCCUUUGAGGAAGAAAUGGAGGGAGAUCCGCCAGCUGAUUAUGAUGAUCGCAUCAUUGGCACCCUUAAAGCGGUACAAGACAGUCACCUAGACCAGGUACUUGUGGAAUUUACUUGCAAGAACCGACCAAAGCCCAGUCUACCGACUGAAUGGGCCCUGUGUGGGGAGCGUGAGGAUCGCUUGGAAGUGUUAAAAGCAUCUACGUUUGCUUUGGUGAUUUCUCCAGGCGAUGGGCAGCUCAUAGCAACAGCAGGGUGCAACAUGCGCUUGUUUGAGGCCCUAGAGGUUGGGGCCAUCCCUGUGGUUCUCGGCGACCACUCAAAGUUACCAUAUCACCAUCUAAUUCGAUGGAGUGAGGCAGCUAUCAUGGUACCUAAGCCACGCAUAACAGAGUUGCACUUUCUAUUGAGGAGCCUAUCAGACAACGAUUUAUUGGCCAUGCGGCGGCAAGGUCGAUUCCUUUGGGAAACAUACUUUUCCACUUCUGAGAGUAUCUUCAAUACCAUUUUGGCCAGUAUACGAACCAGCAUUCAAAUACCAGCAUCACCCAUAAAAGAGGAACCUGCCCAGGAGAUUCCCCACAAAGCUGGAAAGAUGGCAGGAACAGAUGCCAAUUUGGCUGACAAUGGGGACCUGGACCUUGGUCCAGUAGAGACUGAACCCCCUUACGCAUCACCUAGGUUUUUGCGGAAUUUCACUUACACAGUAUCGGAUGUCUACCGAACGUGGAAUCGCGCUCCUGGACCUUUCCACCUGUUCCCCCACACACCAUUAGACCCUGUUCUGCCUUCAGAGGCAAAGUUUCUGGGUUCAGGAACUGGUUUUCGCCCCAUUGGUGGAGGCUCUGGAGGUUCUGGAAAAGAGUUUCAGGCUGCACUGGGUGGAAAUGUUCCACGAGAACAAUUCACAGUGGUUAUGCUGACAUAUGAGCGAGAGGAGGUACUUAUGAACUCUCUGGAGAGGCUGAAUGGCCUUCCCUAUCUCAACAAAGUGGUGGUAGUCUGGAAUUCCCCAAAACCACCCUCAGAUGACCUCCUCUGGCCAGACAUUGGGUUGCCCAUUGUGGUGGUAAGGACAGAAAAGAACAGUCUGAACAAUCGCUUCCUGCCCUGGGAUGUAGUAGAAACGGAGGCGAUCUUGUCCAUUGAUGAUGACGCCCAUCUCAGACAUGAUGAAAUCAUGUUUGGGUUUAGGGUGUGGCGAGAGGCCAGGGAUCGGAUUGUGGGCUUCCCAGGGCGGUUUCAUGCCUGGGACAUCAACCACCAGUCUUGGCUCUACAACUCCAACUACUCUUGUGAACUCUCCAUGGUGCUCACAGGCGCUGCCUUUUUCCACAAGUACUAUGCCUACCUGUAUUCCUACGUGAUGCCCCAGGCCAUCCGAGACAUGGUGGAUGAGUAUAUCAACUGUGAAGACAUCGCCAUGAACUUCCUGGUGUCACAUAUCACACGCAAACCGCCCAUCAAGGUGACAUCUCGUUGGACGUUCCGCUGUCCCGGCUGUCCUCAGGCACUGUCUCACGACGACUCACAUUUCCACGAGCGCCACAAGUGCAUCAACUUUUUCGUCAAAGUGUACGGUUACAUGCCACUGCUCUACACACAGUUCCGAGUGGACUCUGUCCUCUUUAAGACUCGCCUUCCGCACGACAAGACCAAAUGCUUCAAGUUCAUUUAGAGGGACCAUAAGAGGACUUACAGACACUUGCUCUGAAGGACGGGAGAUUUUUAUCUGACACAAAGUCAAAGACGGGACGACUGCUACAUAAAUUUUUUUUUUUUUCGUUUCUCUGUGUGUUCGACCCAUCAGCAACCACUACUGGUCUCAUUCGCACCACUUUCAUCAUUCUCAGAAAAGAAGUGGAUACGAGUUGAGGACACUUUCAGACUGAAUACUUUGGAACUGACAGAAUGGUAAAAGACACGGGCAAAAGCUUCCUGUCUCGUUGCACUCUUUAUUUUUAACCCAUUCUACAUUUAUAUAUCUAUGUGGUGUGUUUCAUCUGCAAGAGAUGUACUCUUGUAUAUGACAAGCACAUUUCUGCAGGUCACAGAAAUUUUGUGUGUGUGUGUGUGUGUGUGUGUGUGUGUGUGUGUGUGUGUUUUCGAAAUAAGGAACUUUCAAAAGAGAUAUUUCAAGUCACCAGACCUCAAAGACACACUGACAAAGUGCAGAAUUAAAAGCACUACACGGCCGGGCGAGCGCUAAUCACUUCCAAUGCUCUCUCUCCCGGGGUGCCAGCGAUCAGAAAAAAACAGCGUGUACACCCUCACUUAAUAAGGUCUUUUUAGGCAUGUGCCGAUAUCACGUUAUCAUAUCAGAAUAAAUCUUUCCGAUCAUUCAUCUGCUGAACAGGAUGAGUUUUAAGAUCGACAUGACACUGCCUCUGCCUUCGGCUUUCCCAGCUGGGAUGGGCUUUAGCUCAGGAGCACAAAACCCGCACAAAAAAAACGCUGCCAUCAUACCUGACUGCUUUUCAGGAUCGAAUGUAACGGGAGUGACGUUCAUUUAGCGUCUGCAAUAACAUCAUAGCGCAUGUUAAAUAUUUAUGGCAUUAAAAUCACAAACCUUUCUGCGAGCAGAAAAUAACAGCGUUUCCGUGGUGAACAUGACAUCACGAAGUCUCCGCUUUAUAUCGCCACACCUACCGAUCGGUGUUUGGAAUAAAAAUGUGGUUUUGUGUACGUUUUGCUCCCUCAUAUCUCACUAUCUUGACAUUUAAGUAGCUUUGAACUCUCGCCUCCGUACAUAGGAAGAUGUUAUCUCUUAUUAUCCUUGUUUAGAAUUAUGACAUUUACGUAUAUUGUAGCUUAUAAAUUAAUCUUUUCACUGAAAAUCAACGUCAUACAUUUUUUAAAUAGCAGAUUAAGACUGAAGUAAAAAAAAUAUGUAUAAUACUGGUCAUUCUGAACUGUAAAAAGCAUUAAGGUCAUCAUUAUCAGAAGCUAUGUGAAGAUUUUUCUGAAAGAUUGACUGAAACGAUCCUCACGGUUAAUCACUCUCUAGUAUUGACUGCCGAUGAGUUUAACUUUGUUUAACCUCUGUGAAAAGACGUCAUGGUGUAAACUGAACACACUGAGACGGCUUGCCGGACUAGUUAUUUGUGAAUAUCGUCAUGGUGACGUAUAUUUUAUAGCCAGUUCAUGGAAACCAAAGAUAAGUAAAGAAAGGAAACUAGCACUAGUAAAGGCCAAAUUCUCUGAGAAUUGAAGAUCAGUUUCACAUCUGUUUCUAAAGCUUUUCCCAUAACGCAAUUCAUUAAAAUAGAUUUGUUGUUACUUGAGUCAAUUUAAGGUCAAGUUUAGAUGACAUGCAUUUCUUUAGAGACCUGAAAUCAGAUGUGUUCAACAGUGCAGACUUUAACCAAUGCUGAGCAGAAAUCAAUGUUGGAUGAUGAAGCUUCAUAUCUUAAGUCCUAAGGCUAAGCUUAUCAUUGUUUACUGUAUGAUCAUGAUAUUUUGUUUAAAACUAUACAUUUAACUGGUCUAGUGGGGUGGUUUUAUAUUUUUGGGAUGGCAUGAUGGGCAUCAGCUCCAGCUCCAUGGCCACAAGAUCAGUCUGGAGCUUACUGUCUAUUCAUAUUCUCACCAUGUCUGUGUAUUUUUCCUCCCAAACACAUAACAGUAGGUGGAAUACUACAAUUUGUUCUUUGAUUGACCUUGUGCGUGUGUGCGUGCGUGCAUGCAUGCAUGCGUGCGUGCGCGUGUGUGUGUGUGUACACGAUACUUUUUUUAUGGACCGGCGUCCCAUCCGACGUGUGGAUCCAGAUUCACUGCAACAUUGACUUGCGUUUGACUGACUGAAUUGCUACUGAAGAUCAAUGAAUGAAUAUUUUAACCAAAACAAAUCCCAGCACAUUUUUCCCAGUUUUGUAAAACUUACGGAAAUAGUGGCUCAGUAGUUACGGCUUUUUGGGAUGCUGAUCAUGAGUUUAAAGCCUGCCACUGCCAAGCCACUGUUGGGGAGAAAUGACAGCGUAUCAUGUAAGUGAUUAUCGGCACAUGCCUAAGCAGCACAGACGUUUGUGUCUCUGAUUUGCCUAUCUCAUGUUUGUCCUGUUCUUUUGCUCAAAUAGUUGAUGUGAAGUUGGAGUAUAGACCUCAGGUCUGAGUACUAGCACAAUUCUGGAGAAUCUAUGUAUGCUGCGUAUAAAUACUGCAGAAGAAUAACUGGCACAAUCUGAACCCUUUGUUUCAAAAUGGUACUUUUUCUCAUUGAACUGGUAAAACCCAGAAUGCCUCCAUGCACAUGACCUAUCGUUUGCAUUACAAUGUUCAUUUCUGUCCUGAAAUGUAUAGUGUAGAGAUUUCUGUAUUGUAAAUCCAUUAGAUGUUUCUUUUUUAAUAUAUGUCGCUACGUGUGUCAGAUCAUUGAUGCCUUUUAUGGAACCUUUUUUAUACACUUAAUGACUGUACGGAUACAUUUGUUAAGGUUUAAGGUGUGUGCGUGUGCGCACGUGUGGAUUUUAUUUUAUUUUUUUUUCCCUGUAUUGCCACUCAAGCAUGGAGAUCGGGGAGGCGAGGAAGCAGAAGCACAGCAAUUUGACUGAUAGACUGUAUCAUUAGUGUAAUCCUCAAAAACACUAAUAAACCAGCCCGUGCCAUUUGUCUCUGGAA